AUGCCUGCCCAACCUCAGAUUCACUUGGUCCGCCACGCCCAAGGCUUCCACAACCUAGGCUCCGAAUUUCAUUCUCUCCCUGACCCGCGUCUCACGCCUUUAGGAGAGUCGCAGUGCGCCACCCUCCGGGAACUGCACUUUCCGCCCGAGCGCCAGCAGUCACUUUCCCUGAUCACCGCCUCACCCCUGACGAGAACACUUCACACCGCUCUACUCUCGUUCUCGCCGGCCUUGAAGUCGGACGCCAAGUGCAAACCUACCAUCCUCGCAAUCCCCGAUGCGCAAGAAACAUCCGACUACCCCUGUGACACGGGCUCCGACAUCGACGUCCUACGGAGUUUCUGCGCCGAGCAGAACUGGCCUGUCGACCUUUCCCUGCUCACCCCGUCGUGGAAUGUCAAGACAUUAAACAACCGCUACUCUCCCGCAAGUCAGGCCAUCAAGACCCGUGCGCGUGAUUGCCGCCGUCUCCUCCGCCAAAAGGCCCGCGAACUGGCAGAGAGUGGAGACGAAGACGUUCAGAUUGUCCUCGUCACCCAUGGCGGAUAUCUUCACUAUCUCACAGACGACUGGGAAGACGCAGGCAAAUUGUUGGGCACUGGGUGGGAGAACACCGAACACCGCACGUACCAUUUCGAACACGCCUUCGACUCUGACUCGGACGGGGAAGCAUUCCUGAUGGAAACAAUGGAGAGCCGAAAACGGAGGGGCAUAGAACACCCCAUGCUGGACCACGGCAAGCAACAGGAGCUGUUUCAGAAAAUGAUGCAAGGGUGGGAGGACCAAGGGCUGCAGAACGCGAGCAAGCUUUCCCAUGCCAACGACGAUGAGAUCAUCGAGGAGCAGGAGAAGUCUGGCCAGGAUCCAGCGGACGCAGACAGGCAUGUCACCAUGGCCGCGGACGAGGUCCAGCCCCAGCCUGCCAGCGUGCAGGUGAUGGCUUAA